AUACAGGACCAUUACAUUUUGCAAGCAACAACCUAGAAGUAGGUACUUAGUAAAAAUGUUUAAGCAACUUUUUGCUAUUGUUUUUCUUGCAUUCAUUUCGUCUUCUUAUUCACAAUACAUCUCUCAAGGUCAGUGUGAAGACAGAAAUAUAAAACCGGCAAAAGAUUUUCCAGGAGUUGAUUACUAUGGAAGCCUGCGGAGAUGGUUCACUGUGAUUACUUCCAACAUCCAGAUCGACUGCCAGUAUCUAAACUUUGAAAGACCGUCACCUGCAUCCUCAAAUGUAAUUUCGCAUCAGAAAUAUGUACCAAUAAAACAAUGGUCUAAGUCUACCGGUGUAGUUACAUUGGCUAGUGGUAGUGGUCAAGGAGUUAUAGCAAUAAAAUUCGAGAAAUCUGUCGAUCCAGUGCAAUUUACAAUUCUCGGCUACAACCAUGAUCAGUUUACCAUUGAUUACAAUUGCGAAAAUAUAGACACGAAACGUAGAAAAGAAAUAUUAUUUGUCAGAAGCAGGGCUAGGAUUUUCUCAAGCGAAAGUGCCGCUGAAGUUGAGAAAAUUCUUGAAGAUAAUGGUCUAGGCGAUAUAGAGAAGACAUACGUUGUACAGGACGCAGGUACAUGCUUAUUUUAAAAUAACAGUUGUAAAACUUAUACGAAAUAAAUAUUAAAUCCGUUAGCAAGUGAA